UUACUUAUUACUGAAAUUUGGACUUUAUACACAGAUUUCUAUUAUCUCACAAGAAAAAACAUAGCAAUGAAAUCAUCUCUGUUUCUUCCUCUGUUUCUUCCUCUGCUCUUUCUCUGCUAUUUUGCAGAUUUAACUUGCUGUUUCAGCAAUUCUUCUUUGCAGCCGCGAUGCGUUGAAUAUGAGAGAUCUGCUUUGAUCGAAUUCAAGGAAAGCUUCGCGAUGGAGGAAGAUUGCGAUGAUCCGGAAUCAUGGAAAGUGAUUGAGGGAGAAAGAUCAGAUGAUUGCUGCUCGUGGAACGGUGUGGAGUGCGAUGAAGAAACCAAUCAUGUGAUCGGCUUAGAUCUCAGCAGCAGAUGUUUCUAUGGCGCUUUUAAAUCAAAUACCACUCUCUUUCGCCUUGCUCAUCUCCGGAAGCUUAACCUCGCCUUCAAUGACUUCAACUUGUCUCGGAUUCCAUCAGAACUUGGCUUGCUUUCCAAGCUAACGCAUCUCAACCUCUCUUCCUCCAAGUUUUUUGGACAAAUUCCGUCUUCAAUUUCUAAUCUAUCCGACUUGGUCUCUCUGGAUUUAUCCAACAACCAACAAUUGAAACUCCACAAGCCUAGUUUGGAAGGUCUAAUUCAGUCCUUGUCUAAUUUGAAACAAGUUGAUUUCUCAUAUUUGAACAUUUAUUCCACAGUACCUCACAUUCUUGCAAACAUGUCAUCACUGGAGUUUCUUGGUUUAUAUUCGUGUGGAUUGAUUGGUGAAUUUCCAUCGGCUAUUUUUCACCUUCCGAAUCUCAGGAUUCUUGAAUUGGGAUCCAAUCCUGAGCUCACAGGUUACUUGUCUAACUUCCAUCCAAACAGUCAUCUUGAAAAAUUGCUGCUCGCCCAAACAAAUUUUGGAGGGGAAUUAUCUUCAUCCAUCGGACAGCUUACACAUUUGAAAAAUCUGCAACUUUCUUACUGCAAUUUCACAGGGAAGAUUCCGCCGUCACUCGGUAAUCUGACUCAGCUUGUUUCUUUGGACCUCUCAGACAAUCCCUUCAACCCUGAUGGCCUGACUACUUCGUCUUUGUCUUGGAUGGGUAAGCUGAGUAAGCUCACAGGUUUGUUUCUUCACAACAUACAGUUGCAGGGUGAGAUUCCACAAUGGCUCAUGAACCUCACUCAGGUUUCUUUGCUCAUUAUGAAUGCUAAUCAACUUACUGGUCCAAUCCCACCAACCCUCACUAACAUGACCCGUCUCAGUACUGUCCUUUUGUCUUUCAACAGAUUAUCCGGUCAUGUCCCAUUCCAAAUCAACGCGUUCGCCUCACUUUUUCAAUUCGAUCUUUCAAGAAAUGAACUGGAAGGUCCCAUUCCUGCUGCCAAUCUAUCUAAUCUCCCUAAUCUUAACUAUCUACAGCUUGACUACAACAAUUUUGCGGGUCCAGUGGACCUAAGCAAGUUCUUGAAUCUCAAGAAGUUGUUCUCCUUAACUAUGUCGUUUAAUAAGCUAUCUGUAAGCAGCGGAACUAUUAGUUCAAAUGCUAAAUUCCCCAACAUGAAUCUCUUAGGAUUGGCAUCCUGCAAGCUCUCCGAGUUUCCGCAAUUCUUGCGCAAUCAGGACCAGUUAGUAUUUCUUGAUCUUUCAAAUAACAAUCUAAGUGGCCAGAUUCCUUCAUGGAUUACCAACUUGGGUUUGCAAUCUUUUGAUUAUUUGAACCUAUCUCAUAACCAUUUAACUGGUUUCGAACAAAAUCCGGUCAUUCUUCAAUGGGUUCAAAUACGUACCAUAGACCUUAGGUUUAAUCUGUUACAAGGAUCACUCCCAAUUCCACCAUUAUCCACCAUUUACUACCUAGUUUCACACAACAAAUUUUCAGGAGAAGUUUCAUCUUUGAUUUGCAGUUUAACCUCUCUCACAACUCUUGAUUUGUCCUUCAACAAUUUGAGUGGCAAGCUUCCACAAUGCUUGGGAAAUUUCAGCGAUUCCCUUUCGCUUUUGGAUGUUAAAGGAAACAACUUCCACAGAAGUAUUCCGUCAACAUGGACAAACGGAUGCAACUUGGGAAUGAUCAGUUUGAGUCAUAAUAAUUUCCAAGGGGAAAUACCAAGAUCAUUAGCAAACUGUACAUUUCUAGAGUUCGUUGAUUUUGGUGACAAUCAAAUAGUCGAUACAUUCCCUUUUUGGUUAGGAGCUAUUCCAGAGUUGAGCAUCUUGAUUCUAAGAUCUAACCGUUUCUACGGAGUUAUUGACGAAUUUGGAGACGUUGGAUUCUCAAAUCUUCGUGUCAUCGACUUGUCUCAUAAUAAUUUCAGUGGGAACCUGCCGUCGAAAUAUUUUGCGUUAUGGAACGCUAUGAAAGUGGAAAAUGCAAGCAGUGACUUAGCCUACCUGAAGAAAAGCUUGCAGCCGAGCUGGUUUUGGGGUUCGGCAUACUAUGGCUCCUUUGAUUACUCUAUGACAUUAUACAACAAGGGACUGGAAAUGAAUUAUCUGAAGAUCCCGGAUAUAUUCAACGCCAUUGAUUUCUCCCACAAUAAUUUCCAAGGAAAAAUUCCUGACAUAAUUGGAAAUCUCACUGGCCUUCAAUUACUAAAUCUUUCCGGAAACAUUCUGACAGCCCAAAUUCCAUCUUCUCUGGCAAAUUUGAGAGCAUUAGAGAGUUUGGAUCUUUCUCAAAAUGAGCUGUCAGGAGGAAUUCCUAUGCAGCUCGUUGAACUCACUUAUCUUUCGUCAUUCGACGCGUCGUUUAACCAUCUUUCGGGGCCUAUUCCGCAGGGAAACCAAUUCUGUACGUUUCAAAUAAAAUCUUUUGAAGGGAAUCCAGAAUUGUGGGUGCAAACUUGGAUAAAGCAAUGCGGAAAUUUCGAAUCUAACCCAUCUUUUUCUUCGCCAAUGCCUCUGCCUGACGGAGACGAGAAAUCUGGAUUUGAAAUGAACUAGUGGAUAGCUGCAAUUGGGUACGGAAGUGGGGUUGUUGUGGGAAUAGUUGCUGGGAACGAGUUUACCAGAAGAAAACAAGAUUGGUUUGGGAGCAGAUUUGCAAGAAAACAGACAAGGCGUCAAAUCAGAAGGAUAAGAAAUAGGAACUGAUUGUUAUGUAUAUUUCAAUGUUUUGUAUUUUUGCAGUUUUUUAGUUGCUAGUAUUAUGUUUUAUUUGUCAAAAAUGAUAAUCGACUGCUAAACUUGCAAGUGUUAA